AUGGAUAAACAUGAUUUAUCCAUCGAAGAGCAACUUGGUCAAUUUCAUAAUGCAAUACGAGAAUAUAUUAUAACAUUAUUAUUAUUUAUAUUAUUGUGUAUUGGUUCAUAUGUAAUUAUAAGUCAUUAUAAAAAGAAAGUGGAAUCAGAAGAUAUGUAUGCAGGUCAAGAAGAUGCUAUUGUGUAUCGAAUUUCAUUAUGGUUGUGUGUUUUAACGUCAGCUGUAUCAGCUGCAGCAGUUAUGUUGUUACCAAUAUCUAUUAUCAGCAACGAAGUCCUACAUCUUUACCCUAAUAGUUAUUAUAUUAAAUGGUUAAAUAGCUCAUUGAUAAAUGGUUUAUGGAACCAAGUGUUUUUCUUUUCUAAUUUAGCCCUCUUCAUUUUGAUGCCAUUUGCCUAUUUCUUCACAGAAGCUGAAGGUUUUUCAGGGUCCAGAAAGGGUGUAUGUGCUAGAGUUAAAGAGACAAUGAUAGUAUUAUUUUUAUUAGCUAUAUUAGUUCAGGGAUUAUUUUGGGUGGCUUCCGCUUUAAUUAAUGAUGAUAAAUACAGUAAACAAACACUAUUUGAUAUGUGGAAUAUAUAUCUUCCUUACCUCUAUUCCUGUGUAUCAUUUCUAGGAGUAUUAGUAUUAUUAUUAUGUACUCCAGUAGGGUUUGCCAGAACGUUUACAGUCAUGGCUCAGUUAGUUGUUAAACCAAAGUUUUUUCGUGAUAUAGAAGAAGAAUUAUGUACAAUGAGAUUAGAACGAGAAAAUAUUUUACGCAAGAUUCAGUAUAAAACUUUAGGUAAUGAAAUAAGCUUACAUUUAUUGGGGUUUCAUCAUACUAUAUUCACUAUACAGCAGAUAGCCAAUGGUCAUGCUAAUUCAGAAUGUUUACAAGAUCAGUUGUCAGAAACAGAACAUGAAAUAUACCAGUUGGAAAAAAGACAAAGAGUUUCACCAUUAAGAAGAAAUUUAUUAUUUCCCAUAGUGAUGUUAAUAUUACUGGCAUUAACUGUAUUUAGUAUGUUAUUAGUUGUACAUAAUACUCUUUUAUUAUUAGUUGGUAUUAAAGCAUUACCAAAAGGUGCUAAGGAUGCUGUUAUUGGUAUAACAUCUCUAUCAGCUUUUGGCGUUUUCGGAGCUGUGGUUGAAAUUUUACUCAUUUUAUAUAUAAUGUCUGCAUCAGUUGUUGGUUUAUAUAGUCUUCCUGUCUUCUGUAACUUGAAACCUGUCAGUCAUAAUACUGCCAUGGAUCAUAUUAUAGGAAAUUGUAUUGUGAUUUUAAUAUUAAGUUCAGCAUUACCAAUAUUAACAAAGACUUUAGGUAUAACUAAUUUUGAUUUAAUCGGUAAUUUUGGAAGUAUGGACUGGCUAGGAAACUUCUAUAUUAUAUUUUCCUAUAAUCUUAUAUUUGCUGUGUGUACUGCCUUAUGUUUAGUGACCAAAUUCACUGCCACCGUUCGUCAUGAAAUCUAUGAUAGACUAAAAACGGCCUUCCGAAGGGAAAAAAGAAGUGUGUCCUUUUCUGCGUCUUCUACAAUAAAUGGUGGAGUGAAAGAAGAAUAA